AUGAAUGAAGAAAAUGAAAUUUCACAAGCAUCAAUGUCUGAACGUACUGAAGUUGAAAUAGAUCCUAAGCCAUCUGGAGCUCAUAAUGGCAAGGCAAUCACAAAAUUUUUAUUAUCACCAAAUGAAAUAUACGCAGCAACAUGGAGUAAAGAUGAUGAUUCAGUUUACGGAUGGCCACUUGAUAAAGAUCAACCCUUCGAGUUUGAUUAUUUUAUAAACGUUAAAGAUUUUUGUAAGAAUUCUGACCCACAAUUAAGUGCAGUUUCAAACGAUAAACUUGUCGCAAUAGAAUCGGUUAAUAAAGAACUUCUUAAUUAUGGAGUAAUUGAGAUCAUUAAUCUCGUCACCAAUACGAAAAUAAAAUUAGAAACAUUAUGUCUAGAUAAGUCAGUGACGGAAAUUUGCCUAGUUGGUUGCAGAUUUUAUAAUAAUGGAAAUUUAGUUAUGGGUUCACAAAUAUUAAAUAAUUAUGAUAAUAGAACACAUUAUGAAGUUUUUAUAUUUCCAUUCAAAAAUUUAAAUAAACAAAGUUGGAAAGUUAGUAAUUCGAUUGCUUGUGGAGUAUCUGGAGAGAUGAAAGCAUAUGAUUUUACUGAUAAUGAAAAAAUUAUGAUUAUUGAUUCCUGUGGUUUAUUAACACAAUGGAAUUUAAAUACAUUAUCAUUUGAAAAACAGUAUCAAUUAGAAUGGAAUAAGAUUUGGGCGCUCCAUCCAUUGGAAAAAGAUUUUUAUGCUUUUAAUAAAUGUUUCACAUUAUUUGCGGUAUGUUUACAAGUUACUGACUAUUUAGAAGCAGAUUUAUUUAUCUCUGUUUAUUUGACAGAAAAUGCAAUGCAUUUAUCACAACAUAAAAUUAAAUAUGAAAAUGAUAAAACUUUAUUACGCUCGGAAUUUAUUUCAUCUGAUGAAGGAGAAAGAUUACUUUUAUUUUUUGAUGAUAAUAAUAUUGAAAUAAGAGAUCCUUAUCAUCUUCAGCAUUGUAUUAUUAGGACUGUUUCGGAUCUUUGUAGAGAACUUUCAACAUCAAAUAAAGAGAGUUUGUUAAUGUUUGAAGCUUUGAUAGAUGAAAAAAUAUACAAUAUAUCAAAUGGUCAUUUAUGGGUUCAAGAGCUUACUAAACAGCAAUGGGUCACAUACUUACGAGAACAAUUAAUGGAUAAAACCAAAAUAAGAGCACUACCUAAUAAGUCUCAAAUAGAAAAUAUGUUGCAAAAUAUUAUAGAUGAACAUAGUGAUAAGAGUGAUGAUGAAUUUAUUGUCAAGAAAAUAAAUCCGCCAUAUCAUGGUUUAUUAGUAAAAUGGGAAAUAAUGAACAACGGAAGAUUAAUACAAGCUCAAAAAUUUGAUUCGAUUACAAACGAGUGGAAACCUUUAGAAUGGAAAGUUUACCCAAAACAUCUAGUGGAAUUUGAAAAACCUCCAAAAAAAUUUGUUUAUAGAUGUGAUUUAUUGUAUAACGAAGAUUUAAUAAUUAUUACAUCCAUUGGUCUAUUAAUUUUGUCAGUUUGGGAAAAAGAUGAAAUUAGAAUACGAUAUUACAAAGGAUUUCCUUUUAAAUAUAGUUUUCUACUCAGAAAGGAUAUUAAAAAUCAAAUGAUAUCAGGUUAUAUAGGAAAGGAAUCUGAAUAUAAAAAAAAACAAUUUUUUGCAAAGAAAUCGUAUAUUCAAAAAUUACUUGAUGAGAUAAAACUGCAUAAGAAAUCUUUAUUGCCACCACCGGAUUUUGAUGCAAUUACUCUCUAUUAUGAAGAUUUAUGCAUGGAUGGAAGAUUCCCUUUUAAAGAAUUAAUAGACGAUUAUAUUGAAGACAAAGUAACAAUGUCAUUAUAUGGACACGAUCUUUUAAAGAGUUUUUUUAAGAAUAAAGAUCAUCAAAUGAUGGAGAAAUUGUAUGCAAAGUGUAUUAAAAUAAACACAGAGAAAGAUAACUUUUUAUCCAAUUUUAAGUUAUUUGAAAUUGUCACCUUUUCAAUUAACGACAUAUCAGUGAAAUCUCCAGACUUACUAAAUCAAUUUUUAUCGUAUACGUCAUUUACUCUAUCAAGUACGGAAAAAGAAAUUGUAAUUGGGAGACUAUCCUCUAAAUCACAUCUCCAGAAUCAUAGAACGCAUAUACAUCUGUCUAAUAUUUAUUUCACUAAUAGACUUAUCACAUUUUUGCAAAACAUCAAAGAAUUAGUUUUUGCAUUUUUAGAAGAAAAAAAAUUUCAUCUCGACAAAUUUCACGACAUAGUCAAAAAAAUAAAAAAUGAUAAAUGGGAAGAUAUUAAUGAAAUGCCAUUUAUUUCCGAUAUUCUUUUAGAACUCACUAAAACAGAAAUCGAAAAUAGUAAAAAAAUUCAAAAUUUAAAAGGUAAUGAUGAAAAGGUAAUUCAGGAAUUCAAAAACUUUUUUAGUGAAGAAAUUGAAAAAUUAAAAACAAUGAUAGAAGAAUUAAAAAAUUAG